UUAUUCAUAUGAUGUUGAAUUAAAAAUAAUUAAGCCUCGGAUCAUACCCUUCAGUUUUCCAAACAGAGAUCCUAGCAAUUAACAUGGUUGCCAAGGAACUGCUGUAUGAUGGUACUGAUAGUAAAUCUGUCGACAUUUAUAGCGACAGCCAGGCUGGGAUUAAGGCCCUGUCGAACCUUAGAAUCAACAGCCUACUCGUACGUGAUACUUGGCAUGCCUUACAACAACUGGCAACUGGAAAUCACGUACGACUACACUGGAUACCUGGUCAUUCAGACCAUUUGGGGAACGAGCUUGCUGACAAGCUAGCUCGUGAUGGUUCCAGUAACAUAUUCUAUGGCCCAGAGCCAGGUUUACCUAUCCCCACUAGCCGAUGUAAAUCGGAUCUGGCGCUUUGGGUUCUAGCCAAACACCAAGAAGAAUGGACAAAACAUGACGGCUGCAGGCAGACGAAGGAGUAUAGGAGAAACAUUAGCAGGUGUUUUUCCGAACAACUCCUGAAGCUGCUAAGGCAAACGUUACGUUCCAUUCUUCAAGUGAUAACAGGGCAUGGCAUGUUUGCCAGUCAUCUGCAUAAACUUAAAAAAAGUGAGAGUCCCAUCUGCCCUGUCUGUGGCGAGGAAGAUGAGACAUCCUUUCAUUAUGUUGGCAUAUGUCCAGCAUAUGCGAACGCAAGACGGGAGCAUCUAAACUUGACCGAGCUGUCAAGGGAAGAUCUCCCAUCCAUUACCAUUAAAGCCCUUGUCGCCUACCUUCGGGGAAGCGCCAGGCUCCUUAAACUGGGAAGGUCCAUGCAGUAGCACCCCGGGUGUUAGGGUAAUGGGUCAAUUAUGGCCUAAAUCCUAGAACCCAUGGCGUGCCACGCCGCGGGACCUCACCCACAUAGAAUAGAAUAGAAACACGACCAUGAAGCCCUGCUGCGCAUGACGGAUUAUUUUUAAUUAACGUCAGCUUUUCUAUUUGAAUUACUGUUCGUAACUGCAAUAUUUUAAGUGUGCACGUCCUCUAGACAAACCCGCUCGGGAGAGAUUUUUAGCGCGCGAGUUAGCACUUCUAUUGUUUAUUUUAUUAGGGGUGCUUACGCACCCGCUCGCACCCCCCAGUGUCCGCCGUUGAUUACAAUCUCUGUUGGUUCCAAUUUACUGAUAGCGUCGCUCUUUGCUAUUAUGUUUGCAGCAAUUAAAAUUCACUCAAUCGCGAUUUACCUG